ACGGAAGUUGUAUGUCAGAUGAACGUAUGUAAUUUAUAAUUUAAAAAAGUUAUAUGAGAUUUAUUGAUCCGCAUAUCGGGUUUGUAAGUCUUUGAAAAAUAUCCUAACUAACAUGAAAAUUUAUAUUUUGCGUUAUUAAUCUUUUGUUGGUGCCUUACCUGUAAAAGUAUCCCCCUUUUUUGUAGCUUUGUCGUUCUACGUAAGCUGAUAUAUAGGCCUAGACCGCGUAUUGGGCACCUGAGUCACUGGGAAGCCGUUGUGUAUUUAAGAGCAACUUCUCUAAAGCAGGCCUAAUCUUUCGACAUGUAGUAUUACAUCAUUUAAUAGCGUUAACUCUACUGCUGUUGUGAAACACAGAAAAGAUGGGGACUUUUAUUUUAAAAUGGAAUAGAAAAUAUAAUAAAUUGUGAAGUAUGCCAUUUGUGAAGUGGGCUCUUGAGCCAGUCCACGUAAGUCGGACACCGCUCCCUCAUGAUAAGGAUAUCAACGAUGAGCUCGAAGCUGUGGUCGACCUUACUCUUGUUGGUCUACUGCGGCAGCUGGCAAGCCUGGUGGACGUUGCUCAGCGUGUGUUCGUCGACGUUGGUUCCGAGUUUAAGCUGGUUUACAAAAGGACAGAAAUUCUCAAAAAUAAGAUCGACCAAUGUGUACAAAUUGUUGAAACAUUAAACGCUAAAGCUGUUGCAAUACCUGUUGCAGAUGUCUGUUCUGUAAGUCAACUGAAGGAUCAGUUCACCACUACAUAUCAAACAGAUUGUGAGCUCUUCACCACAGACACCAGGCCAAUUUGGGUACAGAAUCUCUACAAUGUAGCUGCAGCCACACCUGUGCCAAUUCUUAGAUCAACUGAUCACUACCGAGGUGAUGGUAGAAGAGGCUCAAAGAUUUUUCUUUGUAUGCCCGUACUUGGGGAUGAUCACAAAAAGUAUGAUCUGGAAAUUGAAACACGUAGGCCUGCCAGUAUGUUUGUUACUAGAGAAUGGCAAGAUGAAGAGGAUUUUUCAGUUAGCAGUACUGAUGUAAAACCUAGAAAUCAUGCUUCCACUUCUUUAGAAAUGAAUCGUUUACCUUCUCCUGAAGAACGUGCACAUGCUCUCUCCAUAGACUAUCCAUCAUCUGUUGUACCAAUUGAUGUCACUGAGGUUGGGUUCACCAGAAUGGCCACAUUUCGUCGGUCUCUAAUUCAUGCUGACUUUGUAAUUAAGAGGAAGAAAAAGAGAAGGAACAAACGAAGGAAUACAAUUUCAGAAGGAAGCAGUAAAGAACUACAGGAAGUUCUGCAGCAGUCUUCAGAAAAACAACAAGAAAAUUAUAUAGACAGCUCCUGCCAGACAGAGGAUGAAGGAACAUUUUGUAAAUCCAGCAAAAUUAGUGUACUAAAGAAAUCAUUUAAAAAAGAAAGAAGCUCACCAAAAGAGGAAAACAACAAUGUUCCUGCAAAGGAGGAACCAGCACCAAGGAAAAAGGAUCGCUGGUCAGGUCUGUAUGAGUCAAUGGAAUUGAAAUUAACAAAAGAUUGGAGACUGGGUAAAAAGUCCAAGAAAAGUGGUGAGGUUGACUCAUCUGAUAAAGACAGUGAGACAUUUCCAAAUAAAAAAGGCUUGGGAAAGGGCAAAGGUAAAGGUUUCUUGCCUAUAUCCACUCUUUCAGCAGCCAUGACUGUUGCAGUCCGCCUGCGGGAGACUUCUCGACCUGGUGAAAAACGUCCAGAAGAAGGCCAAUCAUCCAGCGGGAACUGGAGUGGAAGUAGCAGUACGAGAGCAUCUGUGGACUUAGAGCAACAACGAACUUUGGUACAUGUAGGAAGGACCAACACACCAUCAGAGAGCUCUGUUGGAAAAGAUUCUGUUCUUUCAGAAACUCCACAAGACACAGAUGGGAGAUCCCAAGAUGGAAAUUUAACUGGAUAUACUUCGGAUACUUCAGCUGCUGCAACAGCAGCCACAGUUCCAUCAAGUUGGCGCCCAGCCAAUAGCAGGAGACUUGGUGUCCAAAACACAGAAGCAUGGUUAAAAGCAAGUACUUUGAGACCAGAGAAUUAUUUCUCUGAUUCCAAUGGUACUCCUCCAUGGAUUCAGUCUCCCAAACUUAAACAUUGCCAUAUUCCUGGUCGAGAAAAUGUGGAUGAUGGGGAGUGUUCUGUCUAUUCAGUUGAUACAGAUGGAUAUUUCACAUCAAUGCAUACUGAUAGUGGCCUGAAGAGUCAAUAUGAAUAUGGAUAUAGUGGAGAAGAUGCAGAAAGUAGAGCUAACGACUCGUUUAUUUACUUAAAACGCAGACAUUCCCAAAGCUCUGUUAGCACUGUUGGGGAUGGAAGUUUAAACAGUUUACUCUCAAAAACUGCCACUGAACUUUCAUCUAACUCAAGUACUUUAACUAAACAAAAGAAGUGUCCACCACCACCUCCUCCCAGACUGUUUAGUACCUUGUCCAGUCAAGUUAAUAACUCGCAGCCUGCAGACAGUCAAGACAGAAUAACAAAAAUUGUCCCAGACAAGAAAUAUACGACAAUAAACAGUGAUGUUUCAGCAUCAGAAUCAGAUCAAGAUGCUGGAGAGAGGUUGUGGAAAAAAACAGCAAUAAACUCAAGCAGCUAUCCUUCCAUGUGUGCUGUUUCACCAGAUAUUAGUGAGGAUGAGCAGAACAAAGCAAGGAUGAAUUUCAAAGAAAUGGGGAAAUCUAAAAAAGGUUCAGAAAAAAGUGUUAAGAACAUGUAUGCCAGUAAUGAGACACAGACUCCUGAAGAAAUUGAUUCCUCAAUAAUUAACAUGUAUGGGGACCAAACUCCAAUAAAGUCAAACUUUAUGAAAGUAGUUGGCAACCAUGAUAAUCAUUCUGUUCGUUUGUUAUCACCAUCAUUUUGUGAGAGAUCUCUUAAAUUUAGUUCAUUCUCAUCUGUAGAAUUGUCUCCAAGGCAUACGCCACAAUCUAGCAACAGCUAUAAUAUAAUUCCUAACACAGCAGAAAGCUUUGCUUCAAAGAUCUUUUCCAAUAAAUCCUCUCCAGAAGUUCCAGAUAAAUAUGCUCAUCAAAUCAGAGUCACACCUAUUCCCAGAAAUUCUGAAGAAACCCAUACAGAAUCUAAUUUUCCUGCUACUAGCUUCUGCUGUUCACCACCUGCCAGCACACCUGCUUAUAGCUCAAAUUCUAAACUUUUGGCACGUACAAGUAGUCCUAAGGGGUCAUCAUCUUGCAGUUCUCAGUUCUCUGUAUCUCCUGACCACAUAGGUAAAGAAAGCAACAAAAAUGUUACCCAUGGGCCUACUUCUUUACUGACCAAUUCCACAAAACGUGGAAGUGGUAACUCAAACACUUCUACACCAGCAUUGCCACCCUCUGCUAACAGACCUGUGGCCCAUGUUACUCUAGAUCCAGAUGGGAAAGUUAUAUUUAGUUCCAACUCUCUUGGUAGACUUAGAGAUGGUCAUCCAAUGAAAUAUGUAGAGCCACAGUCCCCUACACUGAGUAACAGGCGAGGAUAUUCUACACUGCCAGUAAGACAAACUUCUUUGCCAGUAACACCACAAAAUGGAGCAGUUAAGAUACUACAAGAAUAUAACACUCUUAUACCAGCUUCCAGUCCUCUAGAAUCAGCAAAUAGUUCUCGAUGCUCAACACCAUGCUCUGUAGUGUCACUUCCAGACUUUGGAGCUCAUUGGCAUUCCAUACAAAAAAACACCUUUCUUCCAGUCUCUAAACCUUCCACCAGUGAUUCUUCUUACAGUACUCUGUAUAAAAUUACAAGACCCCAUUCAACAACACCAAUAUUACAAAAUAGACAAGCUUUUAUUAGAACAAAUUCUGGUACCACAUAUCAAGAUAGAAGAACAGGUUUUCAAAAUUCUCAAUCUGUACCUAUACCCACUGAAUUACAAAAUGGAAAAAAUUCUAAUUUGAUGGAUGAAAACAAACCUGACCAUUCCAUAGUUAGACCAAUAAAAGUAUGUUAUGGAAGUAGAUCAGAUGAGAAACGGAAUCACCAGUUUGAUAGUAGAUUAAAUAUACAACAUAGUAAACAUGUUCAAAAUUCAGAUUUUCAAACAUUAUAUGCAGGCCCAACACAGACAAGAGAUGAUUAUCUUUUGUCAGAAAAAUCAAAAUUUAUACAAUGUGAAAACCAAUUUUUUUCACCAAUCUCUUCACAUUUAACCACUGCCAUCUCUAUGCAGAAUCCCAUUGAAAUUUUCAGAAAUUGCCAAAAGGAUAGAACCUCCAUACCCUUUACCCAAAGUUCGGAUGUUAUCAGGUUACCGAAGUCUCCUGCAUAUUGUAUGUCCAAAUCAUUGCUGUAUGAAGCUGAAGAUCUUGUCCAGCAGUCUUCAUUACAUAAUUUUGCACCCUCUAAUGAAGUUUUGCAUGUUGAACCAUCUCCUGAAAAGAGUUCUCUAAAGUGCUCUACAAUUGGAUUGUCUCCAGUUUCAGAAUCCAAAAAGACAAUGUCUUCUGCUGAACUGUAUGCUGUUAUCCAUAGCUCUAAGAAGAAACACAAUAUAAAAUCUGAUGUGGAUACUUCAUCUCCCUACUCCUCUGGUUCAAGUUCUCCUUGUGGUCGACCAUUAACACCCACUCGUAGUGUGUUGGCAGAAACUGGAUUUUUAGGUCGACGCUGUGGCCAUUUGGCAGGUGAUCGUCGAAGUUGGGCUGGAAUAGAAAAUGCAUCUCCUUUCUGUGCAGGUGAUCGACGUAGUUUGGCAACAGAUCGUCUUGGGCCAAGAAGACCCACCAGUAUGCAUGACUUUAAAAUGCUUCUUCUCCAAACAAGAAGCAGCACACAGACUGGGGGCGAGCGUAAAAGUGCUGCAGAACUUCUGAAGGUAUCAACCCCUCAGAGAUCACCAAAUUCUGUAUCUCCGAAAUCAGCCCCUACCUCUCCUAACAGCAUUAGCCCCAUACAGGAGGCACACAGCUAUCAACGUCCGAGCAUAAAUGGCCACUCUACAGUGCCUUUAAAGCGAGGCUCAAGGGCUCGGUCCUCUCUUCAACCUCGUUAUGAUCUAUUGUACCCUCCUAUCAUAGAAGAUUGUUCUGAAGAGAAUGAAUGCCUUAUGGAUUACCAAACAAAGUCUAUGACAGCUAGUACUCAUGUUCAAGCAUUAAAUGGUGUGACCCCACCUCAAGACAUGCAGAAUGGCUCCUGGAAAGAUUGUAAAAUUGAAGCCAGAAGACCUGCAGCUAGCACAUGGGUUUAAUCAUCUUAAUUUACAUUAUAACUAUUUUCCAAUAGUCUAUGAUAAAUGUUGCCAAAACAUGUGUCUGGAAAUAGUCAGUCCUGCGUAGAAAAUAUGUUAGUAAUGAUUCCAAAUUUUCUAUUGUUAACUCUU